CCGUGACCCAUUUCUUUUCCCAGUCCCGUUGAAUGGGUAACGUUAUGGAUUCUAAGAAUUUCAAGGUUCAUGAACAUAUGAAAUGCUGACAGGUAAAAGGUUGACAACAAGGUGCUAGAUUGAUAACAAUGUAGAGGCUGUAUUACUGGUCUCAUGAUGUGGUAAAUAACAUGUGAUCACUUUAGAUGUAUAAAUGAUAGAGAAAUGGCACAGAAAUUGAAUGUUGUCAAUCGUCCAGCAUUACUGGCAGCUCAGAUAUCGGUGGCUGAUGAAGAUUUGUUUGGAAGUGGAGAGGAUGAUUCAGAUGAUCAGGACAAAGGUAAAUCUACUGAUGAGGUCUUAACCAAUGAACAGGUUCUUGAUGAGGUCUUUCAGCCAACCAAUGAACAGGUUCUGGAUGAAGUCUUUCAGCCAACCAAUGAAAAGGUUGUAAGGAAAUCAAUUGAUCAGGUUGAUGAAGUCUUCACUCAGACAAAUGAAGAUCAUGUGAUAGCGCCUGGAAAUGAUGAUGUAUUCAUGAGGAAUUCUGAUCAAGUGGUCCCUCAUUUUGACAGUCAAGAAAGUAGUGACGACAGUAACUCUAGUGCUCAACUCAGACGUGAGAUUUAUCACAGAUCACGGGAAUCUGACAACUUAGAAGACACAGGAAUUAGAAGAUCACUUAGUUUACCUGAUAUUGUUCCUAAAGGAUUAGAAAAUGAAACGGACAGUUUCAAAAGUCGUAGACAGAACUUGUCAGACAAUUCACCCGAUGUUGUCAGUUCAUCUUCCAACAAGUCAAGUACAGCUAGUUCUAACGAACCAGUGCAAUCAAUUGCCACCACCAAAGAACAAAUAUCAAUCUUACGACAGAAUAGCCAAAAAAAUCCUAAACUGUCACGGUCUGUCAGCUUCAGUUUGAAUGAGAAAAAAGAUGAAGACAAUUCUAUUGAAAGUAAAACUGAUGAUGACGACAGCUCCUGUGAUGCAGAUAGAAAGAGACGUGAGUUCCGAUCCAGUGGCUACGGUACAGGAGAUAGUGACAAGGCUAGCUCUGUUCAAUCUCAGCUCAGCCAGGGAUCGGUUUUUGAUGGGGGCAGUUUUAAUCAAGAGGGUUUAGAACAUGAGGAAAGCAAUACUGAACAUCAAGGAGCAAACAGUGAUAAAACAAGGAAAAGUUUUGAUGAACAGAGAACCAGUUUAGACCAUCAGAUAUCAGAUCAGAUUGAUGGUAGUUGUAAUCCUUGUAAAGAAGACAAUCUGGUUGGGUUGUUAAGUCCAAGUAGUAAUGAAUCUGACAGUGAAAAAAUAACCGUAAAAAGUGGACACAAACACAAACAAUACGAUUUAAUACCAAACUUAAGUGCAAUAAGUCAAUCAUCAUUAACGAUAGACACACCUCCAAUUAAUGGUGGAUCUAAAGAUAGCCAAUCAGGCAGCAGUUCAUCAGUUCAGUCAACCAAUCAAAACAAACCAAGUCAACCAUCCAUUCAUAUCUCAUCUAGUGAGGAUAGUAAUUCAUCCAUACAAAUACCAAACUUUGAUGUAUUGUUAAAUGAAUGUCGGAACAGUUCUAGUGGAUCAUCUUCUGACACAUCAGACUCUCUCAAACAUGUACAGAAAAAAUACUGUAAAACACGAGACGAACUGAAAUCUCAAUCUCCACCAGCCUUUGCCACUUGCCUCCCCCAAUCACCCAUACAUGAAUCAGUAGAUACUGGUAUCUUCAGUAGAACCACAGCAUCAGAGACAGAUCAGAGUCACAUGAUGUCGUCAGGGGUGGAUUAUUUUGAUUAUAGAAGUUGUAAAGAUUAUAUGACAAGAGAGAUUCUACAGCAACAGAACAUCAGUGAGGAUCUCAAGUUGGAAUUAAUAGAAAGUCCUAUUACACCAAGUCCCAGGGAUUACACUUAUGUGAUACAGCCCAGAAUAACAUCAGACACUGUAGAGAAAUCAUCCAGGUGUAGGGAUGUACAUUGUAGUUUUAAAUUCUGUGUAAAGUUACCCCAUUACUGUUUGUUAUUGAAUAUUGAGAGCACUCAAAACCAUGGAGCAGUCUCUAAUGAAAGUAUACAGAAACAAGAUAAACCAAAGUUUCAAAGGAAAAAAAUCAGUCAUGCUCUGGCAUAUUUACAAGCUAGUUAA